UGGCAGCAACGCCCCGGGUCAGCCAAGCUGGAAGCCGGAGUUGCUGCACGGGGCGCUUGGCUGCCGGGCGGCCGAGUGUGCUUUAUGGACCAUGUGCUGCUAUGUAUGCCUGAAGUACUUGAAAUGCAAAUUUGGAGAGACUUUGCCAUCUAAAUGCUUGGCUGGAUUAAACGCCUAAUUAGGAUGGUUUUUCAACAGGUUGGAAGCAUGCAAUCGGUACUUUGGUCUGGGAAGCCAUAUGGUUCAUCUCGAAGUAUCGUAAGGAAAAUUGGUACUAAUUUAUCUCUGAUCCAGUGUCCAAGAGUUCAGUUUCAGCUUACCAGCCCUACAACAGAAUGGAGCCCCAGACAGCCAGGAGAGGAUGCAGUGGUGUCUUUUGCUGAUGUUAGAUGGGUAGCCAAAGAAGAAGGAGAGUGUUCAACAAGACGAAGGAUAGAGAUCCGGUCGAGGCAACCCCUUCAGGAUGAUCUUCCUUUCUUUGAGAAGCCCCCAGGCAGGCAGUUUUCCUUACCAAACCUGUCUUCAGAAGAGCCUUCACUGCAGACCAUGACACUGGCCAAUGAGGAAGCACUGCAGAAGAUCUGUGCCCUCGAAAGCGAGCUUGCUGCCCUCAGAGCUCAGAUUGCCAAAAUUGUGACCCUCCAAGAACAGCAAAACCUCAGUGCAGGUGACUUAGAAUCUACGGCAUCCGUUGCCACAGCGCCACCCUCCGUCCCGCCAGCUCCCCCUCCGCCACCUCCCCUCCCUCCAUCAGGGCUCCACCAAAGCACAUCCGCUAUUGAUCUGAUUAGAGAUCGAAGAGAGAAAAACGCUUGUGCUGGAAAGACUUCAAUCAAGAGAAGUCCAAAGAAAUCUGAUAUGCCAAAUAUGCUGGAGAUCCUUAAAGACAUGAACAGCGUGAAACUUCGGUCAGUAAAAAGGUCAGAACAAGAUGCGAAGCCCAGACGGGUGGAUGCCGCUGACCCCGCCGCCCUCAUCGCACAGGCUCUGAAGAAGAAGUUUGCUUAUCGGGAUCGAUGUGACAGCCAAGGUGAAGUUGAAAAAGGAAUUCCGAAGUCUGAAUCAGAGGCCACCUCCGAAAGAGUGUUGUUUGGACCACACAUGUUGAAGUCUACAGGAAAAAUGAAGGCUUUAAUUGAAAAUGCUUCAACUUCCUAAUAGCAAGCUGAGCAAGACUAUCCUACUAGUUCAGCUAUUGGUGUAUUAGGGCUGUUCGGCUAGUAGAAAUCAACACUAUUUGGUAAAUACCUGAAUUUAGUGUCUCCUUUUAAGUCUCAGAGGAUUAAGCUAUAACAAAAGCACUCUAAGUUUGUUUGCUUUUAAGAGAAGGUCCGUUCUGAGGUUUUCUAUAACAUAUUUAUAUUCUGACAUAUUUUUAAUGUGUAGCCAAGGUGUUUAGAUUUCCAGUCUGGAAAACAAUUAUAUAGAUUUCAGAACAAAGAAGGGACCUUUGUAGAUGUGAGUUUUUAAUUCUUAACGCUAAUUUAUCUGUACAAAUGUUUUAUGUGCAUGUAUUUGGAUAUAAAACAGGACAUGAACUUCAGCAAGGGGCUGACGAGGGUGCUGAUAGUGUCAUGUUUUCAGUGAUCAUUUCUAUUCAAUGAUGGAGCAGGUGGGAUAACCGAGUUGUUGGAGUGAAAUGUUUUUGAGAUUGGAAUUUCU